ACUUUAAGUGUUAACUACUAAAAAGGAAAAAUCAAAAUCCUUUAUUUUCUCUCAGAUCCUAACUUCCAACUUCUCUCCCGUCCCAAGGGUCAAGAUUUUUUCUCACUCACAACAAUAAGAAAGAAAAUAGGAAAUGGCAAUGGCGGAAGAGAAAGAAUCAACGUCGAUUCCACUGAGUCAAGCCGAAAAUGGUAGUACCGACCCCGAAGAUCCGGCUAAGUCUCCACCUAGCUCCCCCAAUUCCUCCACUCGCAAGGCAUGUUGUUUUGUUCUCCAGAGUUGGUUCUCGAAGAAGUUCAUGACUGGAUGCGUGGUCCUUUUUCCUGUUGCAGUUACAUUUUUCAUUACUUGGUGGUUUAUUCAGUUUGUUGAUGGUUUCUUCAGUCCAUUAUACGAGCGACUUGGCGUUGACAUAUUUGGACUGGGAUUUAUCACAUCCCUGCUCUUUGUCUUCUUUGUUGGUGUUUUUGUUUCAUCAUGGAUGGGAGCUGCUGUUUUCUCAGUGGGAGAAUGGGUCAUAAAGCAAAUGCCCUUUGUUAGGCAUAUAUACUCAGCCUCGAAACAAAUAAGUGCUGCAAUAUCUCCAGAUCAAAAUACUACAGCAUUUAAGGAGGUGGCUAUCAUUCGUCAUCCACGUGUAGGUGAAUAUGCGUUUGGCUUCAUUACAUCUACUGUCAUCCUUCAGAGAGAAAACGAAGAUGAAGAGCUAUGCAGUGUUUUUGUCCCAACAAACCAUCUAUACAUUGGUGAUAUCUUCCUAGUGAACUCCAAAGAGAUCAUAAGGCCAAAUCUCUCAAUCCGAGAAGGCAUAGAGAUCAUUGUUUCCGGAGGAAUGACAAUGCCACAAGUAAUAUCUCCCCAAGAAAGGGUUGCUCGGCCAAAUGAAAGAAUCCCAAUGAACAGAAUGGUGUAAUACAAUACAGAAGAGGAACAAUGUAAGGUAGCUCAAUAUGAUUUACUUUGAUUCACUGUUAAGGUUGGUGGACAGCAUGCUAUGCUGGUAUUAGGUUGUUAACUUUGUUGAUUGUUUAUACCUAUCAUUUUCUGCUAUUUUGUAAUUACCUAAGCAUUAGCUUUGACUUUGCGUCUCUCGCCUUUUCUUGUUAGUGUAUUUCUUUGUUGCA